AUGAAUGAAACUACAGACAAACUUAACUCUUCUCUCAUUCUUCCUUUCAGUAAGGACUAUGAGUUCUGUUCAAAUGGCGUUUAUUUCUAUUGUGGAAAGAUGGGUUCAGGUAAGACAUUUAAUUUAAUUCGUCAUAUACUCAUAACAGAACGUUUAGGAAAUGACUCAUAUUAUGACCAAAUCAUUAUAUCAGCAACUUCAGACUCUAUGGACUCAACAGCGAAAACAUUUAUGUCAAAAGUUCAAGCCUCUGUCGUUAAAGUUCCAGACAGUGAACUCAUUGAAUUUCUUCAACGUUACAUUCGACGUAAGAGGAAAUAUUAUGCCAUCGUUGAAUUUAUACAGUCAGGAAUGCAAAAGACUUCUGAGGAGAUGGAAAGAAUUAUUGACAAACACCAC